CCGUCACGGCGACCUUACUCCUCCGGAUAUUCUCUGGCGUUCCUGUUCCCUUGCGUUUGCGUUCCUGUUUCUGUACCGUCCGCCGCUGAUCUAAUUAUCUCUGACAAUUCAACAUGACUUCGCGUUUCGGAGACAUCGCUCAUGGCCCCUCUGUGGAGGUGUUCGAACUGGUAGCUAAAUUCAACGAGGACACCCAUCCAUCGAAAGUGAACUUGAGUGUUGGAGCAUACAGGACAAACGAGGCAAAGCCCUGGGUGCUUCCCGUCGUGCGUAAGGUCGAGGCGUCGAUGGCGGCGGACGAGACGCUCACCAAGGAGUACCUGCCCAUCACGGGCAUGCCGCAGUUCUGCGAAGCCGCCACCUCGCUCGUGCUCGGUGCCGACAACCCAGCCAUCGCCGAGAAGAGGGCGGGAGGCGUACAGAGCCUCAGCGGUACGGGAGCCCUGCGACUCGCGAUGACGUUCCUGCGAGAGCUGUGCGGCGCUAAAGCCGCGCUCGUCUCCAAGCCCACCUGGGGCAACCACCUGCUGAUGUUCAGGCAGUUGAAGUACGAGGAUGUGCGGGAGUACAGGUACUGGGAUGCCAGCAGCAAAGGCCUCGAUCUAACCGGCAUGCUGGAAGACCUCAAGACGGCGCCGGACGGCUCGGUGGUGGUGCUGCACGCGUGCGCGCACAACCCGACGGGCGUCGACCCAACGCACGAGCAGUGGGGACAGAUCUGUGACGUGAUGAAGGCGAAGAAACACUACCCUCUGCUGGACUGUGCGUACCAGGGUUUCGCGUCUGGUGACCUUGCCAUGGACGCGUGGGCCGUGCGCUUCUUUGCCAGCCAGGGACUUGAGAUAUUUGCCGCGCAAUCCUUCGCGAAGAACUUUGGGCUCUACAACGAGAGAGUGGGCAACCUGACGAUCGUCACGGCAACACCAGACGCACUGGAGCGUGUUAAGUCUCAGAUUAAGAUGAUAAUCCGAGGCAUGUACUCGAACCCACCGGCUCACGGAGCGCGCAUUGUCAACACGACCCUUCGCGACCCCGCACUGUUUGCCGAGUGGCAAGGCUGCAUCAAGACGAUGGCUGACAGGGUGCUGAUGAUGCGCGCGGGGCUGCGUAAACGCCUCGAGAACCUAGGAACGCCCGGCACGUGGAACCACAUCACCGACCAGAUCGGCAUGUUCUCCUACACCGGCCUCAAUCCGACGCAGGUGGCCUACCUCGUUAAGGAGUACCAUGUCUACGUGAUGAAGAGCGGUCGCAUCAACAUGUGCGGCCUCACGACGGGAAACAUCGACUACGUCGCCAAGGGCAUAUACGACGCCAUCAUCAAGAAUCCCAACUAGAGGGCGCCGGUGUCUGCCGGACUCGGUGGCUGCCGCGCGCGAGUCACGGAUCCAAUAACCUCACGCUAUUUUUCUUGGGGGCAGGGGGGGAUGUCAUUAGAGGUGCCAAUUGCAAGCGGGUGUGUGUGUGUGUGUGUGUGAUGGGGUACUAGCCAUGCGCAUACUCGCGCAUGUAGUUCAUGCUAGGUCUUAGCCUCUAGUCAGCGUUAGUAAUGCCGAGCAUGUAAAUGUUGUGGAGAGGGAGAAUGGUGCGAGCCGUGCUCGUGCGCAUAGACAGAACCGGUGCUGCCGUCGUCGUCGCCGCCCACUAGAGGGCGUGCUUGACAGGUGCGUUUGUUACCAGGGACUCGGGUCUCCUAAUGGUUAUUCUGUUGAGGUUUUUAUACUUAGCUGUUGAGUUUGCGGAUUUACGACUCGCGCUGACGGCGUCUUUUUAACCUAUUUUCUGACACUGUUCGCUUCCGUGGCAUUUUCGAUCGCUGCACACUCCCAGUGCACUCUAGCCUUGCAUGUGCACGCACGCGGAAAAUGCGGUUGUUACGUUAUUAUAUCUGGUACGUUCCACUUUUGAAAUGGUUUCGUACGCGUUUAACGAAUUUUCGGGUGGUCGUGCUUGAGAGUGCAGCUUCUGUCUGACUGCAGCGAUCGUCAUCGCUCGAUGUAGGCGGAGUAAUGCGACAUCUUUCGAUAUUCAUCAAUCUUGGGUCACAAAUUUUGUUACGACGAACAUUGUCGCAAUAAAUGUUUGUUGGAAAGGA